CCGUUACGUUAUUACGCCCUGCCUCCUAUUCCUUCCCCCUUCUCUCUCACUUUCUCCCUUCCCUCUCACACACACAACCCAAAAGAGAAGGAAUAAAAGCACCGCGAAUUGCAAUUAGGGUUUGUACUUCAUUCGCCGUUGCGGUCGUUGUCGGUUCUCGAGGCUUUGAAUUCGACGAUGAUGGAAGGAGCCAGCAAUGGAGGCAUGCUGUACCACGAGGUGCAGGAGUCGAAGCUGUGCGCGGUGCAUUGCGUCAACACUGUGCUGCAGGGUCCCUUCUUCUCCGAGUUCGAUUUGGCCGCGCUCGCCUCCGAUCUCGAUCGCAAGGAACGCCAGGUCAUGCUCCCCGCGCUCUCCUCCGCCGAUUUCGAAUCGCAUAAUGUGUCGCUCGACGGCGAUUUCAGCAUCCAGGUUUUACAGAAGGCUCUGGAAGUGUGGGACCUACAAGUUAUCCCUCUUGACUCUCCAGUUGCUGAGCCUGCUCAGAUUGACCCUGAGCUGGAAAAUGCAUUCAUUUGUCAUUUGCAAGACCAUUGGUUUUGUAUUCGUAAAGUAAAUGGGGAGUGGUAUAAUUUUGACAGUCUCUAUGCAGCCCCACAGCAUCUUUCCAAGUUUUACCUCUCUGCCUAUCUUGACUCUUUGAAAGGCUUUGGGUGGAGCAUAUUCCUGGUUAGAGGAAAUUUUCCAAAAGAAUUCCCCAUCUCCUCAUCUGAAGCUUCUAAUGGUUUUGGGCAGUGGCUUUCACCUGAAGAUGCUGAGAGGAUAACUAAAUCUUGCAACUCAGUACAGGCUCCACACCAGAGAAUUAAUGAGGGCCAACAACAUCAUAAUCAGUUUCUUUCAGAUGGGGAAGCUGAAAUGUUUCUAGACAUGGAAGACGAGGAUCUAAGGGCUGCAAUAGCAGCUAGUCUGAUGGAUUCAUCCCCAGUUGUGACCAAUGCUGAAGCCAGUACUCCUCAAAAUGAUAAUCAAAGUAGUAAACAAGUGGCAACAACUGAAACUACCCCUCUAAGUGAACAGCAGCACUCCAAACAAGUGGAAAUCAUUGAAGCUACUCUUCCUGUCAAUGCUCAAAGCAACAAACCUGCAGCAGCUAUUGAAAGUGCUGGUUCUCUUCUGAAUGAUCAAGACAGCAAAGAAGUGGCAUCAACUAUAGGUGCUAACGCUCAAGAUGAAAACCAGAAUAAAGAGAAAACUGUCUAAGAGUGUGCUCUUAUUUGCCCCUUAUUUGUUUUUGCAAUUGAGGACAAAUAAUCUUUCAGUUUAGGUGGUCGAAACAUACAUCAGUGGCUUAAAGUCAUGGUGCUGUGCAGUAUACACAUUCUCAUUUCAAUUGCAUUAUGUAUAAACUGUAAGGAAAACCCUUCAGCAUUUUCAUCCGAUUAUAUAUGAUAGUUACCAAGUUUUGUCAA